UGUUGCAAUAAUGAGACUAACAGCUUACCAUGCCAGCAGCUAAUGCUGUGUAGCAUUGGAUGCAUCCAUCACGUACACUUGCAGAGUUCUCAUUAUAAUAUCAGCUUAACUGAGCCUGUCACUAUCAAAACACACUCUGAACACGUGAACGCACGUGACAGGAACAUUGCAAUGCAGUGUGUAGGUGGGUAAGAGUAUAAAUAGACCUGGUAGCAGGAGGUUAUCCUUCACUAGCAGCUGCAACAGGAGGUUAUCCUUCACUAGCAGCUGGUCAGUUUAGAGCCUGUGACUUGUAUUGUGUUGUGGGUAGUACAUUGCCAGGAAUUCACAAUAUUAUAGGUCCAGAUAUACUAAGAUACACUGACGACAGUCAGGGAGAGAUCUAUUAAAGCAUAUGAUACAAUAUCUCCUGAAGAUUCAUUUUAUUCUGUCAUGGACGUGACUCCAGAGAGCAUUGAGGAUUCUAUUGUAAUAGUUGAUGCCAUCAGUAAUGUUGGUCAGAUGAGAACUGUUGCCCUCAUAAUAGCAAUCUGCAGACAACCCAUAUCUGAUGAAGAGACUGAUAAUUACCAUUGGCUUUCCAAGAAUGUGCAAGUUGCAGCUGGUCGUAUUCUGGAGUCCAUCAAAGCUGAGAGGGAAAAGAAAAGAAUGGAAGAAAUGCUGAAACUCUCAGGGAGCCUUAUUGAUGUUGAUGUCCCUAUGUUGCUUCUUAAACUUCACUCUCAUAUCAAGGAGAUUAUUGGUUGCAAACGCUGUGUUGUGUUUAUUCUGGAUGAAGAGACUGAUGAGCUUGUUUGUGAAGUAUUUGAUGAUGUUGCACUUGACUCUGAGAUCAGGAUACCAAUUCCAGAUUGCAUUUAUGGUCAGUCCAUCAUGUCUGAUAAGAUCAUUCAAAUUGAUGAUGUUUCCAAGGACCCUCAUAUCAAACCCAGUAAAGACUUUGUUAAUGGAUAUGAGCCUUCCAAUUUGUUGUGCAUUCCCCUCAAGAGCAAGAGGACCAGUGAUGGUAAUAUAGCAAUAGUUGGAGCAGCUGUUGUCUUUGAUAAACCAGACGGUUUUACUCUUAAGAGCCAAGAUGAUCUUUCUUACAUUCUCCAGUUUUGCUCCACCAUGUUGGUCAACACUCUGACCUUUAGACAUGAAAUUGUUCUCAAGCAUCAGAACCAGACACUCCUCGGUGUCUCCAAGAACCUUUUCACACAAAUGAAUGAUCGUGACGUUCUUCUUCAUUCCAUUAUGGAGGAAGCAAGGGAUUUGACUAAAGCAGAAAAGUGCUCUUUGUUUCUUGUUGAUAAGGAGAAGAAGGAGCUUUCAGCUGUUGUAUUUGACAGUGAAUUGCCUGAUAAUGUCUCUCGUUCCAGUAUCCUUCGUAUUCCAAUGGGGCAGGGCAUCGCUGGGUAUGUGGCUCAGACUGGGGAAAGUGUCAAUAUUAGAGACGUGUACAGGAACCCACGCUUCUACAAGGAAAUUGAUAAAACUACUGGCUUUGUAACCAGGAAUUUGCUUUGCAUUCCUAUUAUGGAUCAGACUGGAGUUGUUGGCGUGGCUCAGCUUGUUAAUAAAAAAGGAGGUCGCUUUUUCACUAAGUAUGAUGAAGAGCUGGCAAUUAGUUUCUCAGUUUAUUGUGGGAUCAGCUUGCAUCACGCUAUGCUGUAUAAGAAUGUGCGACUGGAACAAUCCCGCAGCCAAUUAGCUACUGAAUUGAUGCUGUAUCACAUGCAGGUGAAUGAAGAGGAGAUACUGUCACUGGCUGAUGCCCCUAUACUUCCAACAUUUAGCUUUCAUAUCAAAAUAACAGAUUUUGUUUUCUCUCCAAGAGUCAUCCCUGAGCAUGAUUCACCCACUUGCAUCAUUAGUUUGAUGGAAGAUUUGGACUUAUUGAACAGGUGGAAAAUACCACGCAAUGACCUCGCCAGGUUUGUGAUAAUGGUCAAGAAGGGCUACAGGAAUCCUCCUUACCAUAACUGGAUGCAUGCCUUCUCUGUUGCUCACUUCUGCUAUUCUCUCAUCAAGAAUUGUCCAAAGCUGAGGGACAUGUUAACUGACUUGGAAGUACUGACUCUCUUUAUCGGCUGCCUGUGCCAUGACCUGGACCACAGGGGAACCAACAAUGCCUUCCAAGAAUCUUCAAAUUCACUCCUGGCAUCCUUGUACAGCUCCCAGGGAUCAGUGAUGGAGCAUCAUCAUUUCUCUCAGACCAUAUGUAUCCUCAACAGCAAUGGCUGCCAAAUCUUCAACAACUUGACAUCUGAUGAAUAUCGUGAAGCUCUUGAUCUGCUCUAUGAUGUUAUUCUUGCUACUGAUAUUUGCACUCAUCUUUCAAUUGUCCCAAAACUGGAGGAUCUGGUUGAAACAGGAUAUGACAAGUCAAACCAAACCCACCACCACCUCCUCCGCUCUCUCCUCAUGACUGCCUCUGACCUCUGUGACUGUCUCAAGGAAUGGGACAUGACAGUUUGUGUAUCAGAACUGAUUUACCAGGAGUUCUUUUCUCAAGGGGACAUUGAGAAGGCCAUUGGCAAGACCCCUAGUGUCAUGAUGGACAGAGAUAAAGCUGUCCUCUCUGAACAGCAGCUUACCUUCCUUGAUAAUAUAGCCAUACCGGUCUAUAGGUUGCUUUUCCAGCUCCUCCCUGAUGCUGAGCAAGCUUACAGAAGCGUUUUGUCUAAUAGAGACAAGUGGCUUGAGUUUUAAGAAAAAGAAGGCACUUUCAUGUUCUCAAGACCAACCCAUCAAUUAUCAAUAAUCAUCACAGUCUAGUGUAUUAGUGUAGACUGGUAGUAGUUUUAUCAUUAAUGUAUCAUCAUGUAUCAUUAUCAGUAGAGUAUAGAGAACUGCUGGUUUAGUUUUGAACUUUAUUUUACUGCUGUAGUGUUUCUCUUAUUUUAGCUCAUUUUUCUUUUAGAAGUUAGUUUUAAAAUCAUGUCCUUUUGUUACAAAACACA